GUAAGCUCGACAGGAGGAGUUUGGGGCAAGAGGGAGAGAGAAAGUGACUAUAUUUUUAUGGAACUUGAAAUAAAGCUGAAAGAACAUAUGCGAUGUUUUUGUUAUUGUACAACUAAACAACUCAAAUGGAAAAAGUCGCACAUGGAUUUAUAAAAUCAUAUCUUUUCUUGACUCGAUUUCGUUUUAUUUGCUUUACAACUACUGUAUUAAGAGAGGAAGACGCCAAGAAAACAAAUUCCUUGUUAGAUAGUAGGACAGUAGCUGAAUCGGAGAAAAUUAACGGUUUUGAAAACAAAUUGGGAACGAGCUUCGUUUGAACAACGUAGAGAAACCUGCCAAGGGGAAGAGACAAAGGAAAGAGUUCUGGAUAUGUAUUUCUGGAUGUCUUCUUACGAAUAGACGUGGAGAAAAACAAGGCAGAUAUCCAAGAAGAAAAAGAUCCCCACUUACCGCUCUUCACCUGGAUGUUAUCGACACCCCGGAGUUGGGGAGUGUCGCUUAAAAAUGGGGAGCAGAUGAUUUGCGGCAACCACGUCGCCGAAUAGUUUCGAGCGACGUCCUUUUUUUCUUUCAUUUUUUCUCCCCCAAUUUCUUGCAGCUAAUCUGGUUGUUCCUGGUGUGAAAUAUUUUGCGUUACUUCCCCAAAUUAGUUAAAAAAUAUAAGAUGAAGACACGCUUGUUGCUUCGUUUUGAUCGCAUCAGUCCGUAUUGCCACACUUUUGGAAUUGAGAUGUGUCUUUUUUAAAAGAUACAGGUUUGUUGUAUGAUUGUAGGUGUUAUUUUUUUCAAAAUAUGUCCAUCCAUAAUCUGUACUUAAUGCAGUGGAAGACUGUGUGUGUGUUGUGUAUUGGAGAGGCUUAACUACACUUAAUAUCUGAUGUUUUAAUUAUCAUUAUUCGGAUUGAAUUUGGAGAUUUGUGCAGUUUUUUAGGAGCCGGAUUAUGAAACGUGAGUUUUUUUUCCGAUUGCGACACUUUUUUGUCUAAUAUUUUUGAUGUGAAAUUAAUUUUUCAGUACUUUUUACUAGAACAUAAAGUAAAUAUUACGUUAGGCAGACAAUACUUUCUUGUUUCACUUUUUUAUAUUUUGUUAAAAUUAUUUUAAAUGCAAAAGUACACAGUUGCUGAAAAUAGUGUUAAACUGGAUAGUAGUAGUAACUGCAGCUUUAAUUUGGCAGUAGUAACUGCAGCUUUAAUUUGGCAAUCAUUUUGCUUUUCUGCAAAUACAUUUCGGAAUGCAUUUUUUUGAAAUAAAUACUAAAUAUUUUUGUUCCCGUCUUAUAAAAAGCUUAAUUGGCUGUGUAAGGUUAUUUCAGGUUAGUUUAUAUGAAUUUUUUUUGGCGGGGUAAUCUAAGAUCCUUCAUUUGAAAAAGCAAAUAUUUCUCUGAGGGCUAUCAAAUGCUUUUGGAUGGGAACUUGUACGUUUUCUUUUUCCCCUUUUUUAAACUUUUGUCUGGCCCCCUAAGCUAAUCGAAAUGGAUAGACUAACGUGAUUUCAGGAAAAUCUACAACAAAGGCAAAUCAUUGUGAUUCUGGGACCACUUUGAAAUAGACGCAAUGGGAUCCCAGGUGCUCCAAAUACUAAGGCAGGGAGUCUGGGCCUCUCUUACUGGGGGCUGGUAUGUAGACCCCCACCAAAGCACUUUUUCCAACUGCUUUCACCUUUACGUGUGGAUUUUUUUGCUGAUGUUUCCAUUCCUAUUGUAUAUGGCUGUACCACCCAUAAUGCUGGUUGCAGGAGUGUAUUGUGUGGUUGUAGCUGCUGCCUUCACUGCAAUCAAGGUGGUAAAUUUUCGACUUCAUGCCAUGUUUGAUCAAGGUGAGAUUGUUGAAAAGAGGCAGGCGUCAUUGACACCUGAUGGCACCAGAGCUGAAGAUGUAGAUGGAGGAAUAAUUAAUGACAGAAGCCAACCAAGGGAUAUGAGUGGAGGGGUUGAGAUGACUGUUUUCCGAAAAGUGAACUCCACACCACCAGUGCGCUGUAGCUCUCAGCAUUCUCUUUUUGGUUUAAAUCAGGUCUCGGAGUUUCUGCCUCAAUUAGAUGAUGCCAGUGGAUCAAAAGAUCUGAAGGAACUGAUGCGUGAACAAGGCAGUAACAAUAUAAUUGUCACCUCAGCUGAUAGAGAGAUCCUCAAGCACAAUUCUCAGGACAGCAUUGGGGGUAUUGGUGUUCAGUCCUCUCAGGUAUCAUGCCUAGCAGCUGUACUGGCAAAUGAACUCCCAGGAUUUGUUGGCACAACAGGGAGCUUUGCAAAUGUAAUUACAAGUUCUUCCUCCAUCAUUCCCCCAUCUCCAUCCAGCAAAGGUGAUGAAGAAAUAUCAUCCCCUUCAGACCCCUCCCAAAGUAUGGAUGCUAAAACAUUUAUUAUGGCCCCUGAUGAUGGAAUGGGUGGAUAUUCGCCUUUGGGGCAUUCUGGUGAAUCGGAGAGCAUUGGAGAUGCCCCUUUGAGCCCUCUGAUCAAGAGCAGCCUGAGUGAAGAACUCAGUGAAAAUCUUUUAGGACUUGGUAUUUGUGAAAAGAACAUUUCAUGUGCUGAGUUCUCUUCUAGUACUGUCAAUACUUCUAUAGAAAAUAAAGCCCUCAAAGCUGGUUCCACUGAUAGCUGUUUCAGUGGAGGUACAGACAAAGAGACCCUCAGCACUGUCAGUAGUUAUCGGAGUGAGAAGACAGACUCUACACAACUUGAAAGCCCUUCUGUAGGGAGAUGCCAGACAAAUCCUCAGCUAUCAUUCUUAGGAAAACCCCAGGAUUCACUGGAACUGAAGGGUGAGACAUUAAGUUUUGAGGGUAGUGACACAGAUAAUAUUUCGGACAGUGAACUGCUAAAGUCUCCGUCAAAAGACCUUUCUGGAGAACUAGAAAACACUUUAGUUAGCCAGAAUGAAAGAGAUGAAACACUUCAUGGUUCUCUAGAAGCCAAUUCUUUAUUACAACAUUCGCCAAAGGAGGGAACCCACAUCUUCUCCCUAUCUAGUAGUGGACAUUCAGAAAUGGGUGGUUUUGAAAAUGGGCUGAAACAGCAGGCACGACAGACUCAUUCGGUACCAUCUGUUUUAGGUCAAGGUUGUUCAGAGCCAGCUUUGCCAAUACCAUCUUCUUUUUUGUUACCUGAAAGGAGUGGAAGUGAAAGAAAAGAACAAGUAGUACGCCCAAAAGAUCUGAAAUUGCUUAGAGGUAGUAACAGCAAUUCAGGACAUAAACCUGGACGGAGGAAGGCACCACGCAAGCGAAGUGGAGUAAGCAGCAGUAGCUUUGACUGUGGAUCCUACCGGCAUCACCAGCAUCACAGUCAAUCUCUCCACACCCAUAGCCAUCACAGAGACUAUAUCCCAGUACGAAGCCAUUUAGGUGCAAAAGCCUACAGUGAAAGUUUAUUUGAAGAUUCCAGUGAUGAUGAUGAUGCUAGUGAAGGAAGUGACAUCAGUCGUGGGUCAAGUAUAGGUUCUCAGCAUCGGUAUAGCUCAGAUGAUGAUUCAAGUUCUUCAACUUCUUGUUACUCACCUGAUUCUGCAUCAGCUACUACAAAAUCUCCGUCUCAUGCCUCACAAACUCCUCUCCCAUUACCUAAUACCAUUAAUCACAGCAAAGUAGAAGAGGAGGGACAACAACCAGUAAUCUCUGCGCCUUCAAGAUGUGCACAACGUUCUUCUAGUACAGCCAGUGCUAAGACUCAUGCACGUGUGUUGAGCAUGGAUGGUGCUGGAACAAAUUCUGAUGGAGAAUCACCAGCUCGUCCUCUUACUGUGUCCAAAUCUGAUUUAGAGGCACGUACUGGAAUUCUUGAUGGACUUUCUGUUCAAAAUCGACUUGAUACUUUGGCAAGUGCCUGGGUCCAAGCAGGUAAUCAGACUGGCUGGAGAAUUGGUGAGUUACCAGAAGAGGGUGCUGUUGGGGGAGCUCCUGCUGGGGAGGAUGGUGCUAAACGGGAUUCUGUCAGCAGUGUGAAAAGAACACAUGCAAUCAGGAGGAGACACAAUGCUGGGAGCAAUCCUACCCCUCCGCCCUCUACCAUGGGAUCCCCACCAAGUUUGCAGGAUAUUCAGCGUGCAAGAGCCUCUUCUCACUCUAGAGCUCUCACUUUGCCUUCAGCUUUGCAGUUUGCUUCCUCUCUGUUGCUCCCACGUAGUGGUGUGCAUGAGGCCUUCACAUUUGAUGAUACAUCUGAGGGAGCUGUGCAUUAUUUCUAUGAUGAAAGUGGUGUGAGGCGAUCCUAUACCUUUGGUCCCGCUGGAGGAGGGUACGAGGACCCAGUACAGGAACGGCAGUCACAGUCAUCCAGCUUCACAUCAACUGAUGUUCAGGAGGGUGCUCAGAUGUUGUCCAUGCUACAACCGAGGCCUGUUGUGUUGCAGGGAAUGCAGGUCCGCAGAGUACCCCUGGAGAUACCGGAGGUCAGUGGAGAACAGUUUGACCUAGAUCAUGAGUCUCUUCAUGAAUCCCAGGAGAAUACACUAAUGAUUGAAGAGAAAACAAAGCCAAAACAGUACUAUCGGUUCUGGGUGCUGCCAGGGAAGUGGCUAAGAGUCCAGUAUGAUCGGUUAGCCCUACUUGCCCUGCUUGACAGGAACCGUAGUGUUGGAGAGAACUUGUUUGCAGUGCUUUUAGCCAGCCUGGUUGCAUUUCUGGGGUUUUUCCUCCUCCUAGAGGGCUUUUAUAAAGAUAUCUGGGUCUUCCAAUUCUGCCUGGUCAUUGCCAGCUGCCAGUACUCCCUUCUCAAGAGUGUGCAGCCAGAUGCAGCUUCUCCAAUGCAUGGUCACAAUUGGAUUAUUGCAUACAGUCGACCAGUGUAUUUUUGCCUAUGCUGUGUGUUAAUUUUGUUAUUUGACCGGAGCAGCAAAUCUUUGACAAUACAAACUUUCACACUGUAUGGGGUUACCUUCUUGUUUGAUGAUUUCCUGCUAUGUGCUAGAGAUGUAUUUAUUGUUUUCACCUUGUGUUUUCCUGCCAUUUUCCUCUUUGGUCUGUUACCUCAAGUAAACACCUUCCUUAUGUGCCUGCUGGAACAGGUUGACAUGCAUGUUUUUGGUGGUUCAGCUACUACAAGCCCCUUGUCUGCACUUUACAGUGUCCUGCGUAGUUUGAUUGUUGCAGGUCUUCUCUAUGGUUUCAGUUUUGGGGCCAUUAAAGCUCCCUGGGAUGAUCUUCAUGUCCCUGUCCUCUUCUCUGUUUUCUCUGGAUUGCUCUUGUCAAUGUCAUAUCACCUAAGCAGACAAAGCAGCGAUUUCACAGUUUUUUGGUCCCUUAUACGGACAAAGUUUUUUCCAGAGUUAAUAAACAGAAGUCCUGAGGAUCCUAUGAUAGAAAUCAAGGAUCCUCUUCCAGAAAAGCUUCGUAAUUCAGUGAAAGAAAUUCUGCAUUCUGAUUUAGUUAUGUGUCCUGUGAUUGCAGUCAUCACGUUUGCCAUCAGUGCUAGCACUGUCUUCAUUGCACUACAGCCUGCACUGAGCUUUGUUCUGUAUGCUUUGGCGGGAUUAAUAGGCUUCAUUACUCAUUACCUCCUCCCUCAAUUUCGUAAGCAGCUGCCUUGGUUUUGUUUUGCACACCCAGUACUACGGUCUCGGGAGUACAACCAAUUUGAAGUUCGUGAUGCUGCCCAACUCAUGUGGUUUGAAAAGAUAUAUGCUUGGUUGCAAUGUAUCGAAAAAUAUUUUAUCUACCCUGCUGUGAUUCUCAACUCGCUUACUACAGAAGCACGAGCUGUGAGCAGCAGUCCUGAGAAACUUUGCAUUAAUAUUCGUGCCCUGUUCAUCACUGUGGCUGGGAUGAAGCUUUUACGGUCUUCAUUCUGCACACCUUCACAACAAUAUGUCACUCUGUGCUUCACUGUGCUUUUCUUCCGUUGUGACUACCAACACUUCUCUGAAACUUUUUUAAUUGAUUAUUACCUCAUGUCUAUAGUGUUCAGCAAGCUGUGGGAUCUACUGUACAAGCUACGUUUUGUUCUCACCUACAUUGCACCUUGGCAGAUCACCUGGGGCUCAGCCUUUCAUGCAUUUGCACAACCAUUUGCAGUGCCCCAUUCGGCAAUGCUAUUCAUCCAGGCAAUUUUGUCUGCUAUUUUCUCUACUCCUCUCAACCCAGUAUUAGGGAGUGCAGUUUUUGUGACUUCCUACACACGACCAGUAAAGUUCUGGGAGAGGGAUUAUAACACUAAACGUGUGGAUCAUUCCAACACUCGAUUGGCAACACAGUUGGACCGAAAUCCAGGAGCUGAUGAUAACAACUUGAAUUCAAUCUUCUAUGAGCACUUGACACGUUCUUUGCAGCACAGCUUGUGUGGAGAUCUUCUGUUAGGGCGCUGGGGAAACUAUAGUACUGGAGAUUGCUUUAUUUUAGCUUCUGACUACCUCAAUGCUCUUGUGCACAUCAUUGAGAUUGGCAAUGGAUUAGUCACUUUUCAGCUAAGAGGACUAGAAUUCAGAGGAACUUAUUGCCAGCAGAGAGAAGUAGAAGCAAUCACAGAAGGAGUAGAAGAGGAUGAAGGCUGCUGUUGCUGUGAGCCUGGACAUCUUCCUCACAUGCUGUCCUUCAAUGCAGCCUUUGGGCAACGCUGGCUAGCUUGGGAAGUUGCUGCUACAAAAUAUGUUCUUGAGGGCUACAGCAUCAGUGACAAUAAUGCAGCCUCUAUGCUCCAAGUUUUUGAUCUUCGCAAAAUCCUGAUAACAUAUUAUGUUAAGAGUAUUAUAUAUUAUGUAAUGCGCUCUCCAAAGCUGGAAGACUGGUUGGCUAAUGAGACCAUUAAGGAAGCUCUCCGUCCCUGCACUGCUCCCUCUUACGUAGAUAGUGACCCAACAUUUAACCUCAACAUAGAUGAGGACUAUGACCGUAUUAUGGCUGGCAUUACUCUUACAGCUUUCUGCAGUGUUUACCUUGAAUGGAUCCAACACUGCAACAGCCGCAGGGAAAAGAUUCUAGAAUGUAACUGGGACUCUCCAGCUGUGACCUUGUGCUUUGGACUGUGUAUACUAGGCCGCAGAGCUCUGGGCACUGCAUCACAUAGUAUGUCUGCAAGUCUGGAACCCUUUUUGUAUGGGUUACAUGCGCUAUUUAAAGGAGACUUCCGGAUCACUUCACCUAGAGAUGAAUGGGUCUUUGCAGACAUGGACCUCCUUCAUAGAGUCGUGGCACCUGGAGUACGCAUGUCUCUGAAAUUGCAUCAGGAUCACUUUACAUCUCCUGAUGAGUAUGAAGAUCCUAUUGUUCUAUAUGAUGCAAUCACAGCUAAUGAAGAAAAAAUGCUGAUUUCUCAUGAAGGUGACCCAGUAUGGCGUAGAGCUAUUCUUACUAACAAGCCUUCUUUGUUAGCUUUGCGCCAUGUCAUGGAUGAUGGCAGUGAUGAAUACAAGAUUAUAAUGUUGAAUAAGAGAUUUCUAAGCUUCAGAGUAAUCAAGGUAAACCGGGAAUGUGUUCGGGGGUUAUGGGCAGGACAGCAGCAAGAAUUAGUGUUUUUGAGGAAUAGAAAUCCUGAACGUGGCAGCAUUCAAAAUGCUAAGCAAGCUCUGCGCAAUAUGAUAAACUCUUCAUGUGAUCAACCCAUUGGCUACCCCAUUUAUGUAUCCCCUCUUACUACAUCGUAUGCAGGAGAGCACAGCCAGCUGCGUUCAAUCUGGGGUGGACCCGUCAGUCUUCGAAAUAUUUCCAACUGGUUCAUAAGCAGCUGGGACAGGUUACAAAAAGGAUGUGGUGCUGGUUGCAAUAGUGGAGGAAAUAUUGAGGAUUCAGACUGUGGAGGUGGUUCCUCUUCCAUUGGUAACAAUCCCACACUACACACAGUACAGAGCACAGGACCUCAGGUCCCACCAGUAACCACUGCACAACCUCCCAUAGGUAGUGAAGCUUCUCAGGCUUUAGGACAAACAUGGGCAACAAGGGCACAACCUUUGCCUGCCUCCCUCCUUAACCAAUCAGACAGCAGAAGAGAAAGUGGAGUUGCUUCCCUCCAGCGAACAUCAUCAAUCCAAGGUCUAUUAGGCCAUCGACUGUCAAGCUCCCAGCUUUCUUUCAGUAGUGUUUCCACACCCUCACAGGCAGAGCGGUUUUCUGUGGGCAGCAUACUUGAGGGUUCUGUGCAAGCAUCUCUGCAGCGAGGACCCCACCGCUCUGGCAUGAGCUUAGGAGGAACUUCUGGCCUUGCUUAUGAAGGGCUAUAUGGAAAGUGGUUAUUACAAGGCCGAAAAGGCUUUAAUGGUUUGCUGAUGGGAGAGGGAAUUGACAACUCUGCUACUCAGUCCAGUACUAGCAUUAACACUGGGCUAGGAACACCAGCAAGGGGCAAUGGAGCUCGAGUGCAGCCAACAUCUCUACUACCCUCUGAACUCAGGGAAGUUCCUGAGGUUGAAGGGGCUAUAGCAUCUAGUGUGCCAUUAAGUGAUGCCCAGCCCUUCACAACAGGAGACCUGGACCCCCCUUUACAAGAUAAGCAGCUUUCUCAAGAUGAACCAGGGGAAUUGCCUUUACUGGAGUACCAGCACUGAUGGCUGAGUUGUGGAUGUAAUGGGGUGGGAGUUCUCUCCCUAGUGCAUUUGUCUGUUAGGUUCAUCCAAACAGAAAUCCAAGAAGCUGACUCUAGAAGAUUGAAAAUUGGCAGUUUGAAAUGAACCUGACAUUCUUCCCCAUCCUGCCAAUCUACAUGGGUGUGGAAGGAGUAACAAUAAAACAUAUAACAGACUAAUAUAGUUAUUUGGAAAUAGUAAAAGAAUGUCUGCAAUAGAAAAUUCAUUACCAAAUCCUUAUUUGGGGCCUGGUUAGCUCAAGGAUGUACAUGUGCAAUUAACUUUUUAAUCCCCUCCUGGUACUGUAAGGUAAUCGCAAAAGGAAACCAAUUCUUGACCAAAGGAGUAAACUGCUGAACAGCCACUUCAUUAAAUUGCUCUGUGACGAAAGAUGCGUAAAUAUUAUGUAUGUGCAAAGGGAAAGUGAAGAUAGAAAAACCAAACUUUAUUUUUUUUUUUUUUUGGUGUGACGGCCCUUUCUCUGUUAAGAGACUCAAACAAUGUUGUAUAGAAAUUACAUGCCAGUCGUGUCACAAAGGGAAGUCACUUUACCAAAAAGCAGCACCUGUUGAUAGCUUGGUAAAAUAAUGACAUUAUGCUGAAUAUGUUAUUUUGCUGCCAAUUUUAAAUUCUAGCUCCACAUGUCUAAAUUUUUAUUACAAAAAUACCAGAACAGUCUGGUGUGCUGCAAGCACCUGUCAUUUAUUUACUGGGAUAUUCAUAGCCUGCAUUCUUGUGACGUUUUUUGCCUUGCCUUCUUUCCCAAAAUGAAGAUAGAGUAAUAUCUCUUCUUUAUUAUAUAACUUAAUACAACAAAGUUAUUUGAAGACUCAGGUCAGUAUAUAAUACUCCUAAGAUGAGAGCAACUUUUUAAAAAGAAUGCUAUUGUGGCACAAACUGAUUCCAUCCAGCAAGAAUGAGAAUGCAAAUUGAUAAUCAUGUGAUAUCAUUUUUAUAAGUAUUUAGAAAAAGGUGAUUUCACUUUAAUAUGGUAUAUCUAUUGCAGAAGAUAUAUUUUUCUUAUAGGAAAACCUAUAUUUGAACGACUAGAUGAUCUGUACACUUAAAGGCAUUUAGCCUGCUCCCCUUUGAAACCACAGUGACUGAAUUAUCAUUGCCUUUUAAGAACAGCACCAGAUUCACGUAUAAAAUAUACAUCUAAGCUAUUUUUUUUUCUGACUAAAGCAGGCUGCUAAUGGCAUUAUGCCCUCAAUGUUGAGUGCCAGCAAGAUAACUCCUUUAGUACUUCAGUCAUAUUUAAGAAGUAGUUACUUCAGUGAAUUGUUACAAAACUGAUUAUUUCCCAUCUUGCAAAAAAUUCGGAAAGGACUAUUGUGCAUAUGAGACAAAUGAGCAAUGAAGAUGUAUUUGGCCCUGACCAUGAGCUUGUCUUUACAGUAGACCAAUGCAAUGGCAUGUUGGGCCUGGCAUCUGCAGUGACCGUUAAAGUGGACUGAGGAUUUUUCUUUCCCUUUUUUUGUUUUUGGUCCACCAUCUCUUUUGUUUGGUAACAGACCUUCAAGGCAAUGGUUUUUCAAUUUCUGCCUUUGCCCAUUUCACUCUUUGGGUUUUAUCAUCUUCCAAUGAACAUUCAGGUUAAAAAAAAAAAAUGUUGUAUUAUUGCAAUUACAGAAAAACCUCCAACGUUUUAGUUGGAAAAUGAGGAAUGAAAAGUUUAUUAAAAAUAUUUAUUAAGUUUUAAAGUGUUGUCUAGGAGAGGGAUUAAA